AGAAUAGACGUUGGUGGAGGAGAGUCACCGAGGGCCCGAGGCCAGAUUUCCGUGCAGCACACCAUCAUGUUGGUUGCAAGGUUCGCUUGUCUGAGAAAUUUGCCAUCCCUGAGCCUGCGACCUGGUCUUACCCAGGGGUCUGUGGCCUGGAGAAAUCCCAGCCAGAAAACCACUCAAUGGCUGCUGCAGCCCAAACAGGGUUAUGCCUCAAGGCCACGUUUCAGUCUGAAACGGGCCAAAAGCGUGCGUGAAGACUUCAAGGAUGCAGCAUACCAGCCUGCAUGGGAAACUGCAGCCAAGAUGCACAACACAGGAAAGCUGUUUGUGGCUGGUGGAGCUGCUGUGGGUCUCGGGGCUCUCUGUUACUAUGGCCUGGGAAUGUCCAAUGAGAUCGGAGCCAUUGAGAAAGCUGUCAUCUGGCCACAGUACGUAAAGGAGAGGAUUCGUUCCACGUACAUGUACUUUGCUGGAAGUAUAGGGUUGACAGCACUGUCUGCUGUAGCGGUCAGCAGGUCACCAAUGUUGAUGAAUCUCCUGAUGAAGAAUUCCUUUCUGGCAAUAGGAGCAACCUUCGCAGCUAUGAUAGGUGCUGGCAUGUUGGUGAGAUCUUUACCAUACACGGAGAGGCCAAGUAUGAAACACCUGGCUUGGCUUUUGCAUGCAGGUGUGAUGGGAGCUGUGGUCGCUCCAGUUACUCUUCUCGGUGGUCCCCUGCUGAUAAGAGCUGCCUGGUACACAGCAGGCAUCGUUGGAGGUCUCUCCACCGUUGCGAUGUGUGCCCCCAGUGAGAAGUUUUUGAACAUAGGCGGACCGUUGGCUAUUGGCCUGGGCUUUGUCUUUGCUUCAUCUGUGGGCUCCAUGUUCUUGCCCCCUACCUCUAUGUUGGGUGCUGGUCUGUACUCUGUGGCUAUCUAUGGAGGCCUUGUGCUUUUUGGCAUGUUCCUGCUGUAUGACACCCAGAAGGUGAUUAAACAAGCUGAGAGCUUCCCUGUCUAUGCUGUCCAGAAAUUUGAUCCUAUUAAUGCGUGUAUAGGAAUAUACAUGGAUACAUUGAACAUCUUCAUUCGGGUCGCAGCCAUGUUGGGAAACGGUGGCGGUAGCAGCCGGAAGUGAUUCAAUGGAUCAACUACCUAAUCUUGGACUCUCAAUUGGCCCUUGGUGUACGAAAUGUACGUUAAUGGGUGGACUGAACUUGUAAUCAAAUUGAAAUUCAACAACCCCCAACCCUGCACUCCAAGCUUCUGCUGAAACCACCAAAUGAGCAUUGGAUGGAAUCUAGCUUCCUUGCUUCUCCUGUGCGCCUCUGAAGAAUAAAAUGGAGGUUAAAACGGGGUGUAUUUUUUAUGUGUAUUGUACAAAGAUCAUUUGCUUAUGUGUUCAGGCAGUUUAAUUAUUUCAAAGACUAGAAAUAAAAUGUUGCAACUGCAGCUGCACUUUU